AUGAAAUUCUCUCACUCUCUACAGUUCAAUGCUGUGCCUGAAUGGUCUUCUAAGUACAUCAACUAUUCAAGCCUUAAGAAGAUUAUCUACACAGAACAACGUAACAAUGCGGAGAUACUUAAUACUGCCCAUGAGACUGAACAACCUGCCUUUGUUCCCAACAAUGAUCCGUCCAAUCCUAUCAACAUCUUCAUCAAAGCCCUCAAUAACGAGUUGGCCAAAGUUGAUAGAUUUUAUACUAUCGUGGAGAAAGAUCUUUAUCUUCAGUAUACUUCUGUUAUAGAGGAGCUGGAUGAAUUUGAGAGAGGGUUUCCUGCCUCCGAUAAUGAGGAUUUUGCUCGUAUCGAACUUAGGACUCUUAUAGACUCUUUAAGACCCGAGAUGUAUCGCGAUAAUACGUCGAAGUUGGGAAGCAGUUCCAGUUCACGAAUAGGAGGUAGUGCUACUCCACCAGCGGCACCAACGGCUUCGGCUGCUUCGGCUGCUCCAGUUUCAGCAAAGAAAAACUGCGAUACGGCCACUGCUUUAAAAGACUCCACAGCUCUAUCUCCUUCUAUGCUCUCGCCAGACGCAUUCUGUAAUUCGUCUUCAAACGUUAACACCGAGUUUCCAAAAGCCUCAGAAGACAAGCGUCUUUCUAGAAAAAGAUCGUUGCCAACACUCUUUGACGAUGACGAUUUCAAACUAACGUUCUUGGAAGCCCUUAAGAUGGAGAAAAGAAAGCCGCUCUCUGAGAUAUUUGUCAGAUUGAGCGAACUAAAGUCAUACGUCGAGUUGAAUCGUGUAGGUUUUGGUAAGGCCCUUAAGAAAUUCGAUAAGGUGAUGUUCUCUUCCAUUAAGGAAGAUUACUUAGCCUCUUUGAGUAGUCGCUCGUAUAUUUUCAAGCAGUCAACUCUGGACAAGCUCAAUCUUAACAUAGGAGACACCGUUAGACUCUAUUCCAUUUUCACCGGCGGAAACUUGGAUUUGGCCAAAGAACAGCUACGGUCGAACCUUCGUGAGUAUGUUGUUUGGGAACGUAAUACCGUUUGGCGUGAUAUGAUCGGUAUGGAAAGAAAAUCUCAUGCUGCCUAUGCCAAGCACACAAAACUUGGUGAGGAUGAACUCUCAGGUGGAAACGAAAAGUUCGAGAUCCCACUUGGUGCAGGCCAUAGAUUGUCUGUUCCAAAACAGUUGUUGUCGAGUAAUGUGCUUGAGAUUCUUAUCGUUUCCUCCAUAACCGCGCUAUUGUUGAUUGUCUCUCCCUUUGAGGAUGAACAACAGGCACACUGCUUUGCUGUUGUUGUCUGCGCUUCCCUUCUUUGGGCAACCGAGGCUAUUCCUCUUUUUGCAACUUCUUUACUCGUUCCCUUCCUAAUCGUCGUCUUUGAUGUGCUAAAAGAUGCAGAGACUGGCGAACCUCUGGAUGCUGUGGAAGCAUCAAAGUUCAUCUGCUCUACCAUGUGGUCGCCCAUCAUCCUUCUUUUACUUGGCGGUUUCAGUUUAGCUGCCGCUCUUUCCAAGUACAACUUAGAUAAGAUCGCAUGUACGUUCCUCCUUUCCAAGGUUCCUCAGCAUCCAGUAUACGUUUUGGGUGCCAUUAUGUUUGUCUCAACAUUGGUUUCUGCCUUUGUUUCCAAUGUGGCUGCCCCUGUAUUGAUGUAUUCUGUUAUCAGACCGGUUCUAUCCACUCUUCCAGAGGGUUCCAGCUUUGCGCAGGCUUUGGUUAUUGGUAUAGCUUUAGCCUCGGAUGUUGCUGGUAUUGUCUCGCCAAUUGCAUCUCCUCAGAAUGUUGUCGCCUUGCAGAGCAUGGACCCUGCACCUAACUGGAUUCAGUGGUUUACUGUUUCCAUUCCGGUCUGUACCUGUGCAAUCAUGCUCAUCUACGUGUUUCUACUAUUCAACUUUGACUUCAAGGGAACCACCAUGGUGCCCAUCAAAGGAACCAAUGACAAAUUCACUUGGCAGAAAUUCUAUGUGAUCUUUGUCUCCUUGGCUACUGUGGCUCUUUGGUGUAUGGCCUCUUUGCUUCAGGAGUACAUCGGUGAUAUGGGCAUGAUUGCCAUUGCUUCUAUGGUGGCUUUCUAUGCUCCAGGUAUACUUUCGGCUGAUGAUUUCAACAACUAUCCAUGGACCAUUGUUAUGCUUGCUAUGGGAGGUUUGGCCCUUGGUAAAGGUGUUACCGUUUCCGGGUUGCUAGACACCAUAGCCAAAUUAAUCCAGGAAAAGCUUGCUGACAAAGAUCUCUUCACCGUUCUCUCGAUAUUUGGUAUUAUAGUCAUGGUCACGGCCACUUUUGUGUCGCACACAGUGGCAGCAUUGAUUAUCAUUCCUCUUAUUCAAGAAAUUGGCAAGUCUCUGCCGGAUCCACAUCCGAACUUGUUGGUCAUGGCUACAGCUUUUCUCUGCUCUUCUGGUAUGGCAUUGCCUACUUCUGGGUUCCCCAACGUGACUGCCAUCGGCCUGAGAGAUAGCGUUGGAAAUCCUUACUUAACCGUGGGAACGUUCAUUAAAAUAGGAGGAGUUGCUUCGAUAUUUAUGUACUUGGUUGUGAUCUUUGUGGGAUACAUGAUUAUGAAGCUACUGAACUUUUAG